UGCAUGCCUUUUUAAAUCGGUUUCUCGCAACCCUGUAUUGUUGUUUUCUUUGCAGAGCAGAGACAUUUGUGUUUACAUCUUAAUAAUUAUUAUAUAUUCGUUAUUAUAUAUUAUUGUAUAUUUUGUAUAUUUUAAAAUUCAUAAGUACUUUGAAAAAUUUAUGAAAUGAGUGGAACAGUUGGUGAUAUGCUUUACGGCACCACAAUUUCAUCUGAGUCUAUUAAAGUCAUAGCCGAAAGCAUCGGCGUAGGAUCAAUGCCGGAUGAUGCGGCAAAAGAAUUGGCUGAAGAUGUUUCAGUAAAACUUAAACGCAUUAUACAAGAUGCUGCUAAAUUUACACGACAUUCAAAACGUGAAAGAUUGAUGAUGACUGACAUUGAUUAUUCUUUAAAAGUACGAAAUAUUGAACCACAAUACGGUUUCAUAAACAAUGAUUUUAUUCCAUUCCGGUUUGCGUCUGGUGGAGGACGAGAGUUACAUUUUAUUGAGGAAAAAGAAGUUGAUCUAAAUGAUAUAAUACAACCGAAUUCAAUUAAGGUACCGUUAGAUAUAUCGUUACGUUCUCAUUGGUUGGUUGUGGAUGGUAUACAGCCUACAGUACCCGAAAAUCCGCCACCUCAAUCAAAGGACUCUCAAGCGCUAGAAUCUGUAAAUCCAGUAGUAAAAUUAGAACAAGGUAUUACAAAAGACACAGCUGGAAAGCCUGCAACAGGUAAAAUACAUAAGCUGCGCAACGUAGAAACUGUGCACGUGAAACAGUUAGCUACACAUGAGUUAUCUGUAGAACAACAGCUCUACUAUAAAGAAAUCACGGAAGCUUGUGUUGGUUCUGAUGAACCGCGCCGUGGAGAAGCACUGCAGUCAUUGGCUUCAGAUCCUGGACUACAUGAAAUGUUGCCACGUAUGUGUACAUUCAUUGCAGAAGGCGUAAAAGUUAAUGUCGUACAAAAUAAUUUAGCACUGCUCAUAUAUUUGAUGCGUAUGGUUAAAGCAUUAUUAGAUAAUACUUCUCUAUACCUAGAAAAAUAUCUGCAUGAACUAAUUCCUUCAGUUACUACCUGCAUUGUUUCAAAACAGCUCUGUAUGAGGCCAGAAUUAGAUAAUCAUUGGGCCUUACGCGACUUUGCUUCACGUUUGAUGUCACAAAUUUGUCGCACAUUUAAUACUUCAACUAAUAAUUUGCAGACCCGUGUAACAAGAAUUUUUAGCAAAGCCUUACAAAAUGAUAAAACUCAUUUAUCUUCAUUAUAUGGUUCCAUUGCUGGUCUCUCUGAACUUGGGGGUGAAGUUAUAAAAGUUUUCAUAAUACCACGCCUAAAGUUUAUAUCUGAACGCAUUGAAGGUCACUUAUUAGGUACAUCACAGAGUAAUACUGAUAAAACUGCUGCGGGACAUAUACGUGCGAUGUUACAAAAAUGUUGUCCGCCUAUACUGAAACAAAUACGCAAUCCACCAGAUUAUUCGGAUGAAUAUAAGAAUGAUUAUGGUUUUUUGGGUCCUUCUUUAUGUCAAGCUGUUACCAAAGCAAGAUUUGCACCAACGACUUCAUUGAUCACGCCAGUAUCUAUUAACAUAUCAAGCGCACCAAUUACGUCUGCAGCUCAAAAUGCCACUGUUGGCCGUCCGCAAGUUGCAUCGAUAUCAGUGCCACGUCAAAGCAGUCCUGUUAUAACAAACAUACCACAACUUCGCGCUAUACAGCAAAACCAGACGCCCCAAAAAUUUGUAAUUGUCACACAACAAAAUCAACCACAACAGCAACAAUCACAGCAGUCUUAUCAACGACCCAAUACGCCACAAUCGGUUUUGUUAGCAACGCAAAUGAAUAGCAAUGGAAAUCAUGGUAACAAUGUGGUUAUAGGCGGAGGGAUUGCAGUCAAUAACAUUUUAAGCAAUAGUGAUAGAGGCUCCGUUGAUCCUAAUACAAUUAUAAUAGAAGAAGAUGUACGUAUGUCUUCAGAUCUUGAUGAUUUAUCACAUUUGGAAUGACAGGAUAAUUACAUGAUUUUUAAAAUGUAAAACAGAAAUAAUGGUCUUCAAUGUAUAAUUCUAAAACUAUAUAAGAAUGUGUAAUAUAUUUAAAUUUUAUAUAAAAUAGUUUAAAUAUAGAGUAAAGUAUUAGUAACUCACUAAAUUUAACUUGUUUUUGUUGUAUCUAUACCUACCAUAAUAAAUAACUGUAAUUGAAAUAUCUACCGAACAAAUUGUGCAAGCAUAAUAUUCCAAAACAAUACCAAAAAUGUGAAUGGAAAAUUAUUAGGUAGUUUAAAAGAACCGUAACAGAAAAAAAUAAAGCUGUAAAAAAGUUAUUGAUAAGAUCUCUAAACAGUCUACAUAGCCCAUUUAUUUUUAGGGUUAAUGAAAACAAUAUUUUUAUAAAAAUAAAUCUUGUAAAAUCUGCUCACAUGUAAAGAUAUAAAGAUAAUAAAGACUAUUGGAUAUUGUUGUUUACAGAGAAAAGUUCUGGGGUUUCUGUCUAAAAAUUUCGGAGGAUAUUACACUAGACAAAGUGUUUUUUUUUAAUAAUUUAUGAAUAAGUUUCUAUAAAGUACAUUGUACACUUAAUAUGGUCUUCUA